AUGUCAGCAAUGUCAUCAGCAAUGUCAUUAUGUUCUGAGAAGUUAACACUUUGGAUUCUUGUCAAAGGCAAAUGGCUUGAUGGAAGUUGUAGUUUUGAUCCUGUCAACUAUUCUGUACAUCUUGAGGAAUUUGUUUUAUUGGUAUACCCUCAAGUAGAAGUAUCUGGAUCUCAUCAAUGUGAUUUUGGCAGUGAUGAUAUGAAAGAUGCAAAGAAAUUAGCUAAUUGUAUUACCUCUAUCCUGCAAUGCAAGCUAGUGGUCUGGGUAGCAAUUAAAAAAAUUCAUCUGUAA